CUGUUUACUUCUUCUUUCAGUUGUCUAAGAAUAGUAGACUCAUAAUGCUAAAACGUGAAACUCCGACUAGUAAAUUCGUUUGUGACAUGUAAAUUCUAUUUUAAAGAAAAACACAGAUAUUUUAUUCUUAAAGCAAGACAGAAGAGAUAUAAAUUAUUUGAAUUUACAAAAUGGAAAACCCAACAUGUUUCAUCAACUGUUUUGGAAGAUACAAAGUAGGCAUUAAUAAAUUUCUGCUGUCAAUCAAGAUCUCACUAUUCUGUUGGUUUGCAGGAGCCCAAACCACAGCUGUUUUCAUUUCUCUUUAUCUAAAGAGUCAAGGUCUAACAAUAGCGGACUUAUCUUUGAUGUUCACCUUUAGCGUAGUUUUUCAAUUCAUUGCAGGCUUGAUUUCUGGAGUGUUUGCAGACAAAAUUGGCCGCGUGAAACCCUUUCUUUUCAUUCAUGGAUCCAUUUUCUUAAUAGCCUUAACAUGUUUCACUAUUAUGCCUAAGUUAGACGAAUGUGCUGCCAAAAAGAUCACUUUCGACUGCAUUGAUGAAGAAAUCAGAGCAAUGCAUCCUUGUCAGAUUUUAUUGGAUAACUUUCAUACAGAUUCAUGCACAAUAGUUUACAAAGAGAAUGAAACACAUUAUGAUGAAAAUCAAAAUUGUCCAUUUGUUUCUCUAUUACUAAGAGGGGAUAACAGACUUGAAAAUGGACAUUUUAAUGAAACUUCAGGUUUUUGCCUAUAUCAAGUUGGAUUUAAAAACUAUUCAACUCAAGACAUUCCUUCAUGCGAUGCUCAAGACUGCAAUACAUUUCAAAUGAUUUGUUCAAGCAAGAAUUUAUUGAAUUGCCAAAACAAUAGAUCGCUUUGGAUAAUUCUUUAUGGAAUCUUAAUCAUCAUAUACAACACAUCUGGGACAAAUGUGUAUAGAUUCUUUGAUGUGAUCACGAUGGACCUAACCAAUCAGUAUAAUUCUGACUUCGGGAAACAUAGACUUUGGUCUAUUUUAGGCAUAUUAUUUGGUCCUCCACUUGCUGGAUUCAUUCUGCAUGUAUCUGCUUUAGAUGGUAAUGAUCAAAAAUAUACCCCUGCGUUUGUCUGCUCGUUUAUAUUUACUGUCUUUUCGCUCAUUCCAGUCUGGAAUGUCAAUCCGAAAUUUCACAAACCUGCUCCAGCUGUAUGGAAAAAGACUUUUGAGUUUGUAAUGAACACGGAAAUACUUUUAUUCUUAAUUCUUCUUUUUACAAUGGGGAUUUCGUUUGGAUUUCUGACGAUUUAUGGGAGAUGGUACCUACAAGAUCUUGGAGCCUCAGAUUUCCUCAUCGGUGCAGCUGCUGGAGUGUCUGCUCUAUGUGGACUUCCUUUACUUUACGCGUCCAAAUGGAUUUUAAUUAAAGCCGGCUUGCGCAACUUCUUUGUCCUCUGCUUACUCACAUAUACUUUCUAUUGUUUUUCCCUUUCAUUCAUACGAGAACCUUUGCUUGCGAUUGCAAUUGAAGUCGUAAAUGUGUUUGCUUAUUAUUUAUUUUGGGUAGCGGCAAUUGAGUACUGUGAUAAAGUUGCUCCAGUUGAACUUCAAGCAACUAUGAAAGUCCUUGCCGGAAGUCUUCAUUAUAACACUGCUAGACUAGGAGCAACUGCCAUUGGUGGGUACGUCAUGAAGGACUUUGGUGGCCGUGUGGCAUAUAGAGUAACCGGGGGCCUUUGUUUAGGAUAUGCAAUAUUUUACGGAACUUAUCUAAUCAUUGAACGAUUGCGUAAAAAGAAAGUUGGAGUUUAACUGGAUUGUGGUAAAUGUGAAAUAGACAUUUGUUAAAGUUUCUGAUGAGUAUUAUGUCAUGAAAAUGAAUAUGCAAAUGCUUCAUAUCUGUG